AUGGCUGAGCAGGGUAAAUUGCAUAUUCUCAUGUUCCCAUGGCUGGCCUUCGGUCACUUGAUUCCAUACCUAGAGCUCGCCAAGCUCAUAGCCCAGAAAGGCCACAGAGUCUCCUUUGUUUCGACUCACAGAAACAUUGAACGUCUUCCCAAACCGCCUCCGAAUUUAACCCAUCGACUAGAAUUUGUCAAGAUUCAAUUGCCAAAAGUUGAUAAUCUACCUGAAGAUGCAGAAGCCACCAUUGAUUUACCAUUCGAAAUGGUCCGCUACCUUAAAAUUGCCUUUGACGAGCUUCAACCAAGAAUCAUUUGUUUGUUGGAAGAUUCCUCACCUGACUGGGUUAUUGCUGAUUUUGCUCAAUACUGGUUAUACCCAGAAGCUGCUAAGCGCAACAUUCUGUGUGCAUUUUUCAGCAUAUUUACUGCAACUAUUUUGAGCGCUACUGGCCCAACAUCACUUAUAUUGCAAAAUCAAGAUGAUCGGGUGAAGCCUGAAGAUUUCACCGUGAAACCCAAGUGGGUACCCUUCGAAACAUCUGUUUCUAUGCGCUUCUUUCAAAUUAAUCGCCAGUUUAAGGAGGUAAUAGUAGACGGUGGUAAUGUUUCGGACAUGUACCGAUUGGUAGCAACCAUUGACGGCUGUGAUGUGGUGGUGAUGAGAAGUUGUUAUGAGUUUGAGCCUGAGUGGCUACAACUUCUAGAGAAUAUUUACCAAAAACCAAUUAUUCCUGUCGGUCAUUUACCCCCAACAACUACUAAUGGCGAUUCUGAAGAGCAAAACGAAAACUGGAUUGAAAUUAAGGAAUGGCUUGACACGAAAGAAAAAGGAUCGGUUGUGUAUGUAGCUUUCGGAAGCGAAACGAAACCAAAUCAAGAUGAACUCAUUGAAAUUGCAUUAGGCUUGGAGAAGUCGGAAUUGCCUUUUUUCUGGGCUCUGAGGAAGCAACGAGGGGCAGCAGAUAAUGAGAUGACUCAGUUACCAGAUGGGUUCGAGAAGAGAAUCAAAGGACGUGGGGUGGUUUUUACAAGUUGGGUACCUCAACUCAAGGUACUGAGCCAUGAAUCGGUGGGUGGAAUCUUGUGUCAUUCCGGGCUGAGCUCAGUAGUGGAGGCUCUGCAAUUCGGGAAAUCGAUAAUCUUGUUGCCUUUCUUGGCGGACCAAGGAAUGAUUUCCAGCCUAUUGGAGGAAAAGAAGUUGGGACAUGAGAUAGCGAGAAAUGAGUUGGACGGAUCAUUUACUAAAGACGCAGUUGCUUGCUCGCUGAGAUUGGUUAUGGUGGAAGAAGGAGGUAAAGUUUACAGGGAAAAGGUCAAUGAUAUGAGAGAAAUGUUGUCGAAUAAAGAUACACAAGAUGGUUAUAUUGAUCGAUUCUUAUAUUAUCUACAAAAUCACAAGAAGGUUUAA